GGCGUUUGUUUGUUUGUUUGUUUUCCGUCGUGAACUUAUUAUCCGUCAAAACCACCUUGAAUUUGAAUGGUAUGGCUUGCUUGCAGCAGCAAAUCUAAAUCUCCUUGUCCUCCUCCUCCUUGUUGUUAAAUCAAUCGGGUUUACUUGUUUUUAAACCCCCCACCCCACCCCACCCAUCUUCUUCACCUUGUUGCUAUUAUUGGUGAUGGGGAAGAAUCAAGCGUACAAGGCGAUGCAGAGAUCAAGGGUGGGCUCCACCUCAGGCGGCCCCGACGAUGUCGAAGACGGCAUGGUGGAUGGUUCAUUUCAUUCACCAGAGUGGCAUGCAGCUCGUUUGGCCAGCCUCAAAACUUCGCAUACAGUUACCUGGGAAGAGUACAAAAAGAAGCAGAAGGAAGAAGAAAUGAAAAAGGGGGAGUUAGAAGCUGACAAAGAUAGAAUGAUGAGAGAAUAUCGGGCUCAACUAGAUGCAGAACGGGCCAGCAAGCUCGCCCAUGGAAGAAACCAUUCAAAAAGUAAAUCUUCUCAUAGGAAGGAGAAGAAGGAUAAAGAUCUAAAGAAGCGAUCCAACAAGAAGAGAAGGCAUACGAGGAAAUCUUCGGAGUCUAGCUCUUCAAGUUCAUCGUCUGAAUCUUCAAGUAGUGACGAUGAUUCUCGAGAGUCAAAAAGGUCACGGUCAAGGUCUAAAAAGAGGAAAGACAAAAGACACAGGUCAAAGUCCAAGCAUUUGAGCGGUGAUGAAGAGGUAGAUGGCCCGUUGCCCCUUUCCAGGUUCUUUGGGAGCGCAAAAGGGUGACAGCAUCAUCAGUGUGUUUGUGCUUAUUCUCGAAGGAUGUAAUGUCUGACAAUCCGUUUCUCACCUCUUACUUAAAACAGGAGGAUACAAUUAUGUGUUUUGUUGGUGUAGCAUUCUGUAACUGUGACCUAUCCCAAGUGUGUUACUUUUGCGGUUUGUAGACUCAUAAUUCAAAUAGCACUUGAGAGAGCUUUAAUUUGUUUCUAAUGUCAUCGUAGGGUUUUUAAUA